UGCGAAGAACACCGACACACACACGCAUCAUGGAUCUCAAAGUAAUCGCAGUGGUGACUCUAAUUGCCGUGGCAAUGUAUGUGCCAGUAACAGAGGCGAAGCCCAUCAGCCUGGUGGAGAGGUGCUGGUGUCGCUCCACAGUCAACACAGUCUCCCAAAGGAGGAUCCGUGAGCUGAAGUUCCUCCACACACCCAACUGUCCUCUGCAAGUCAUUGCCAAGCUGAAGGACAAUAAAGAGGUGUGCAUUAACCCAGAGACCAAAUGGCUGCAGCAGUACCUUAAGAACGCCCUGAACAAAAUGAAAAGGGCCAAGGAACAACAGAACGCUUAAGGAGCCCGCCCGGAUGGCAAGUUAAUUCUGUCAGCCCACCAAGCGCAGAUCUGUACUGCGUUCUGCUUUGGCAUGCCUUGCUGCACCAGCACUUAACCUGCCAAAAUUGUGCUUCAUCAGCAGUGAUCAGGCUCACCAGUUCACCACCUCCCUUCACCAUUACCACCAUCACACGCACCAGUGAUAUAGAAUGUUAGUACAAAGUGCAAUUAUCUACGUAUGAGUGUGUUUUUAUACCUAUGAUUUGUAUAUACAAUGUCUUUUUUAUAUAUAUAUAUAUCAACUUAAUACAGUAAAGACAUAUUUUUGGAGUUGUUUUUUCACUCCUUGCCUGUCUGUCGUGGUGAGUUAGGUCAAGACCAUAUGAAGUAGAAUACAGUGUUCCGGAGCAGAAUAUGCAAAACUAAAGUUGGCAACAUUUUCGCAGU